CCCCAUGGCGCCGCUGGGCGAGGACACGCCGCUGAUCGGGGGCAGAUCCUGCAGCCUCUCCUCCUCCGAGGCUGGCACCCUCCAGGUGUUCCUGUACCACCGGGCACCCGCCCCGGGCCCCUGCCCGCCGGGCACCACCUCUGGCUUCCUCACCUUCACCUUCGGGCAGUACACGGCUGAGGAGCUCUGCAUCUGCGCUGCCAAGGCCUGUGGCGUGCUGCCCGUGUGCCACCCUCUCUUUGCCCUGGCCACCGAGGACCUCAGCUGCUGGUUCCCCCCCAGCCACCUCUUCAUGGUUGGCGACUCCUGCAGCCAGGUCCUGCUCUACAGGAUCAGAUUCCUCUUCCCCAACUGGUGUGAGCUGAGCCAGUGCCACCGCUGCCAGCUGCUGGGUGGCUGUGCCAGCCCGGUCCUGGACUACCCAGUCAUCGAUUACCUCUUUGCCCAGUCCCGCAGCGAUUUCAUCGAGGGCCGAGUGGCCUUGGCACUGAGCCUGCCCACGCAGGAGGAGUGCCUGAGCCUGGCACUGCUGGACAUGCUGCGCAUCGCCAGGGAGCAGGGGCAGAGCCCUCAGCAGGUCUGCAGCCUCCUCAGCUACAAGUCCUGCCUGCCCGCGCUGCUGCGGUGCCAGCUCCAGCAGCAAUCCUUCCUCACCCGCAAGCGGCUGCGGCGCCGCUUCGGCAGGUGGCUGCGGAAGCUGGGGGGGUGCCAGGCGGAUGGGCACUGCCUGAAGCUCAAGUACCUGCUGGACCUGGAGCGGCUGCAGCGGCGCUGGGCGGAGGAGAGCUUCCACGUGCGCUCGCCAGGCUCCGGCGUGGGCAUCACCAUCCACGUGGCUGGGGACAGCGGAGUGUCCUGGAGCUGCGCGGGCAGCGAGAGCCGGCAGCACUUCUGCGACUUCCCCGAGCUGGCAGACAUCAGCACGAAGCAGGCGAGCAGGGAGGGCAGUCCCGCGGAGUGCCGCCUGGUGGCGCUCACCAAGACGGACGGCAGGGCCCUGGAGGUGGAGUUCCCCUCGCUGCAGGAGGCUCUCUCCUUCGUGGCGCUGCUCGAUGGCUUCUACCGCCUGACCGCCGACGCCCACCACUACUUCUGCAAGGAGGUGGCACCGCCGCGGCUGCUGCAGGACCUGGAGAACCAGUGCCACGGGCCCAUCAGCUCUGAGUUUGCCAUCCACAAGCUGAAGGUGGCAGGGAACCAGCCGGGGCUGUACCUGCUGCGCCGCAGCCCGCAGGACUUCGACAGCUUCCUGCUGACCAUCUGUGCCCAGACCCACCAGGGCCAGGACUACAGGCGGUGCCAGAUCCGCAGGGACCAGGAGGGCACCUUCUGGCUGUCGGGGGUGGCACGGAGGUUCUGCAGCCUGCGGGAGCUGCUGGGCACCUAUGGGCACUGCGGGCUGCAGGCAGAGGGUGCCCGCAUGCGCCUGGCUGCCUGCUGCCCACCCCUGCCCAGAGAGCAGUCCAACCUGCUGGUCGUGCGCAGCAGCUGCCUGCAGCCCCCCAGCUCCUCUGCCCCCCCCCAGCGCAGCCUCCCCCAGAUGAUGUUCCACAAGAUCGACCCCCGGAGCCUCACGCGGGGCGAGAGCCUGGGCCAGGGCUCCUUCACCCACAUCUACAAGGGCAUCAAGAAGGACCAGGGGGAGGAUGGGCACUACCAGACCGAGGUGGUGCUCAAGGUCAUGGAUGGCAGCCACCGCAACUGCACCGAGUCCUUCCUGGAGGCAGCCAGCACCAUGAGCCAGCUCUCCCACAAGCACCUGGUCCUGCUGCACGGCGUCAGCCUCGGGAAGGACACUGUCAUGGUGCAGGAGUAUGUCAGGUAUGGGCCCCUGGACCUCUACCUGAAGAAGAACCAAGGUGAGGGCAAAGUAACCACGAGCUGGAAGCUGCAGGUGGCCAAGCAGCUGGCAUAUGCCCUCAACUACCUGGAGGACAAGAAGAUCACCCAUGGCAACGUCUCUGCCAAGAAGGUUCUGCUGACCCGGGUAGGGGACGUGGGCAGUGCCAGCCUGCCCUUCAUCAAGCUCAGCGACCCCGGAGUCAGCAUCGCCAUCCUGACCAAGGAGAUGCUGGUGGAGAGGAUCCCUUGGGUGGCCCCCGAGUGCCUCAGUGACCCCAAGAGCCUGGCACUGCCAGCCGACAAGUGGAGCUUUGGGGCAACUCUCUGGGAGAUCUUCAGUGGUGGCAACAUGCCCCUGAGCCUGCUGGAGCCCCACAAGAGGUUGGAGUUCUACCGGUGCCAGCUGCAGCUGCCGGCGCCCAAGUGGCCCGAGCUGGCCGCGCUGCUGGCACAGUGCCUGCGGUACCAGCCGCGGCGCCGGCCCUGCUUCCGCGCCCUCAUCCGCGACCUCAACAGCCUCAUCACCUCGGACUAUGAGCUGCUCUCGGACCUGGCACCCACCGACCUGGCACCCCAGGACAGCUUCUGGGGGUACGAACCCCUCAACCUGAGCCAGGACCCCACUCACUUUGAGGAGAGACACCUCAAGUACAUCUCCCUGCUGGGCAAGGGCAAUUUUGGCAGCGUGGAGCUGUGCAGGUAUGACCCCCUGGGGGACAGCACAGGGGAGCUGGUGGCAGUGAAGAAGCUGCAGCAGGACUCAGCCAAGGAGCUGCAGGACUUCGAGAGAGAGAUUCAGAUCCUGCACUCCCUGCAGCACGAAUUCAUCGUCCAGUACCGGGGGGUCUGCUACAGCAGGGGCCGCCGGGGGCUGCGGCUGGUGAUGGAGUUCCUGCCCAACGGCUGCCUGAGGGACUACCUGCAGAAGCACCGAGCCCGCCUGGACCACGGCACCCUGCUGCUCUACGCCUGGCAGAUCUGCAAGGGCAUGGAGUACCUGGGGGCACAGCGCUGCGUGCACCGCGACCUGGCCAGCAGGAACGUCCUGGUGGAGAGCCAAAGCCACGUCAAGAUCGGCGACUUUGGGCUGGCCAAGCUGCUGCCGCAGGGCAAGGACUACUACGUGGUGCGAGAGCCCGGGCAGAGCCCUGUCUUCUGGUAUGCCCCCGAGUCCCUGGCAGACAACCUCUUCUCCAGGGCCUCUGACAUCUGGAGCUUUGGUGUCCUCCUCUAUGAGCUCUUCACCUACAGCAACAAAAGCAAGAGCCCCUCGGAGGAGUUCCUCCGCAUGAUGGGCACCAAGAAGCCAACGCAGAUCAUCUGCCACCUGCUGGAGCUGCUGAAGGACAAUCGGCGCCUGCCAGUGCCAGCUGCCUGCCCCAUGGAGGUCUACAGCCUGAUGCUGAGCUGUUGGACUUACAGCCCCAGCUCCAGACCCACCUUUGGGGAGCUGCUCCCCAGGAUCGAGCUGCUGAGGGGCACUCGGAGCAAAGCCCAGGGGUAGCCCCUCCCCAGCCAGCCAAACCCCCCCCAACUGCCCCAUCCCCCCCCCGGCCAGACAAACCCCCCCCAACUGCCCCUCCCCAUCCCCCCCUCCCCAGCCAGCCAACCCCCCCCCCAGCUGCCCCUUCCCCAGCAGCAGGCAGUGACAGAUGCACAGACACAGAAAGGCUUCAGCAGGAUGCAAAGAGCAGGGAGGUGCCCCCAGACGCCCCCCCCCCCGCCCGUGCAGUGCCACUCUGUGGCCCCCACCCCACGCCAGACAGUCCCUCCCCCCACCCCCUUGCGCCCACGAUGUCACUUUCAUCCCUCUGAUCCCUGUCCCUGUCCCCCACCCCCCCUCACCCCCCCCCCC